AGCGAAGCAGAUCAAAUGGCCAGAAAUUUCGGGUGUUAGAGGGAGAGAAAACACUCGGUUGUUGUGUAGCAAAGCUGUAGCCACGAUCUCGGCUCCCAUGAUGCUCUCGCGCUUCCUGUCUGCUACUGCUCGCCGCACGAGCCUCUCGCCUCGCUGCCUGCACUCUGCUGGCACCGGCGCCGUCGACGCUUCUUACCAGGCGCUCGUCGAGAGCGGGCUCCGGCCGGAGUCUCUGCCGCGGCACGUGGCGGUGGUCACGGACGGGAACAGGCGGUGGGCGCAGGCUCGGGGGUUGCCGACGGCGGAGGGCCACGAGGCCGGGCGCCGCGCGCUGGAGCAGACGGUGUGGCUCUCGCGCGCCUGGGGCAUCCGCGCGCUCACCGUGUUCGCCUUCUCCCAGGAGAACUUCGGGCGCCCAAAGACGGAGGUAGACUACUUGAUGGGCAUGAUCGAGCGGACGAUCCGUGAUAACGUCGACGAGUACAUGAGGGAAGGAAUUCGGGUGCACGUCAUCGGCGACUCCUCAAGACGGCCAGUUUCUCUGCAGAACACCGCUAGGGAAGCCGAGGAGGCGACAAGGAACAACUCGCGGCUCCACCUGAUGCUGGCGACCUGCUACAGCGGGCGAUGGGAGAUAGUGCAGGCGUGCCGAGAGCUCGCCCGGGAGGUCCAGGGCAAUCUCCUCAGGCCGGAGGACAUCGACGAGUCGCUGCUCGCCAGCAAGCUCGAGACUAGCGUCGCGGCCGGGGAGUUCUCUUGCCCUGACCUGCUCAUCAGAACCAGCGGCGAGCUUAGGCUGAGCAACUUCAUGCUGUGGCAGUCCGCGUACUCGGAGCUCUUCUUCACCGACACGCUGUGGCCGGAUUUUGGGGAGGCUGAGUACCUCCAGGCAUUGAGAUCCUUCCACAGCAGAGAACGCCGGUUUGGGCAAAGAAAACUACAUUGAGAAUGGCAGUGCCUCUUGUGUGCUUGUUAGAGUUACAGGAUGUCUGUAGUCUGCACAACAAAAUUCUGCCGUCACAUGUUUGUGCCGUGUACACGAUUGAUUCUCUGGCAUUGGGCAUGCAUUACAGUUAAUGAUUAGGCCCAGUCGGAAAUUAUCCAUAUUGGGCAGUUUCUAUCUCUUUCCUCCCCAGGGGGGGUGGGCAUCAGUUUCUGACUUGUGUUUUGAAUUUGGUGACGGAACUUUGU